AUUGGAUAUUGGAAACACCCGCCAAGUUUGAUUAAAACCAAACCAUCGGUUUUCUAUUCUAACGUCGAAAAGUGACUGUAUAUACUGCGUGGUAGUGAACUAAAUAUUUGAAACUGUCGCACAAGACAUAGAAGCGAGUGCAGAGGGAGUAACUUUUGUAGCCUGAGCGUUGAGGAUUAGCUAAGGCUUUUGGUUUACAAAAAUGGCAAUUGAGAUAGAAUCAGCUGACGUUGUUCGACUGAUUGAGCAAUAUCUGAAAGAAAGUAAUCUGACGAAGUCUCUCCAAACCUUGCAGGAAGAGACUGGAAUCUCCCUUAAUACAGUUGAUUCCGUUGAAGGAUUUAUGACUGAGAUUACUAGUGGUCAUUGGGAUACUGUAUUACAAGUUGUGCAAAAUUUGAAGCUGCCUGAUCACAAGCUGAUGGAUCUCUACGAACAGAUUGUUAUAGAGCUAGUUGAAUUGCGUGAAUUAGGAGCUGCUCGAACAUUGUUACGUCAAACUGAUCCAAUGAUAGCCUUGAAACAAGCAUAUCCUGAAAGACAUGCUCACUUGGAGAACCUUUUAGCACGAUCGUAUUUUGAUCCACGUGAAGCUUAUUUAGAAGGUCAAUCAAAAGAGAAACGUCGGCAAGCUAUAGCAGCUUCACUUUCUGGAGAAGUCAAUGUUGUUGCACCAUCACGUCUACGCGCACUUUUAAGUCAAGCAUUAAAAUGGCAACAACACCAAGGUCUACUUCCGCCUGGCACUGCUAUUGAUGUUUUCCGUGGUAAAGCAGCUUUGAAGGAAUUAGAAGAAGAAAAGCCACCUACUACACUGUCUGUAACUAUCCGAGUUGGUCAGAAAUGUCAUGUGGAGUGUGCGAAAUUUAGCCCAGACGGUCAAUUUUUGGUAUCUGGAUCUUUGGAUGGUUUUAUUGAAGUAUGGAAUUUUACUACUGGUAAAUUAAGAAAAGAUUUAAAAUAUCAAGCUCAGGAUACAUUUAUGAUGAUGGAGGAUACUGUAUUGUGUCUUGCAUUUAGUCGAGAUUCAGAAAUGUUAGCCGCUGGUUCAACUGAUGGUCUAGUGAAAAUUUGGCGUAUCCAAUAUGGUCAAUGUAUGCGUAGAAUAGAAAAAGCUCAUCAGAAAGGUGUUACAGCUAUACAAUUUUCUCGAGAUAGUACAAAUAUAUUAACAGCCAGUUUUGAUCAUUCCAUUCGGACAUAUGCAAUCAAGUCAGGUAAAAUGUUACGUGAAUUUGUUGGUCAUACAGGAGUUGUAAAUUGUCUUGUCUUCUUACCGGAUGGUGAUCACUUUCUCAGUGGUAGUUCUGAUGGAUCCAUACGAAUUUGGUCAUAUCGUAGUGGUGAAUGUAUAAAUAGUUUCAAGACUGUUUCUAGCCUACUUGGCCGUGAAGUGGCUAUCCAUUCCAUCUUUUUAUUUCCACAAGAUUCAGAUCAUUUUCUAGUCGGAAGUCGUUCAAAUACGAUCGCUGUAAUGAAUCUUCAAGGUCAAAUUGUACAAAGUUUUUCUAAUGGUAAACGUGAAGGUGGAGAAUUUGUCGAUGUAACACUAAGUGGACGAGGUGAAUGGAUUUAUUGUAUAGGUGAAGAUCAAUCACUUUAUUGUUUCAGUGUUGUAUCUGGCGGUAAAUUAGAGCAUACAUUACAUGUGCAUGAUAAAAGCGUUAUCGGUUGUACGCAUCAUCCACAUCAAAAUCUAUUAGCCACAUAUGCUGAGGAUGGUCUAUUAAAACUUUGGAAACCUUAACUUAUUAUUUGAGUUCUGGUAUACACAAAAUGCUCAUUUCUUUCUUCUCU